AUGCUACGAACAGCUCUGAAUAGUUGCGCCAAAACGUACCUUAUCAUCGACGGUCUCGAUGAGUGUGGACGGCAUGAUGGAAAGGAAAUCGUUUCCUGGUUUCAGAACUUGAUAGAAGAUCUUUCCUCAGAGCAGAUGAACUCUAUAAGGUGCCUUUUCGUGAGCCAAGACGAUGCAGCAUGUGGAAUUCCAUCCAUCAAGGUCACUGCACUUGAGAACAGAGGAGACCUCAGUUAUUUUGUUUCUGUGUGGCAUAAGCAGAUCGAGGCCAAAUUUGGAGAAUUACGGUCAAAGGAGUACCACAUUGCGAAUAUCCUGUUAGCAAGAGCGCAAGGCAUGUUCAUUUUUGCAGAACUGAUGGCUAAAUACCUGGAAGAUCAACCACAUCGGGCUUCGCUGCUUGAAGAACUUGGACCGGAGAGAUUCCCAGUCAAGCUGGAUACUGUAUAUUCACGGAUUAUCCAGCGUGUAUUUGACUCGAGAGGCAGCAAUCUUGCUAUUCACAUGCGACAAGUUCUUGGAUGGAUUGUUUGCGCUAAAAGACCAUUACGUUGGCGGGAAAUUCAGGGAGCCAUCUGUAUUGACAUGGAACAACAGCUUGUCGAUUAUGACAAGCAGCUACUAGAUUCGCCGAAAGGGCUUUUUGCAGCGCUUGUCGAAAUGCAAGCAGAUGGCACUGUUGAGCUCGUUCAUGGCACCGCUCGGGAGUAUCUCGUGGAAACAAAAACUGUUCAGGCUGAAGACGCAAAUUACUCCCUUUCAAUGUUGUGCCUUGCCUAUCUUGCCUUUCCUCAGUUCGACCAACACCGGAACGACGAUGAUAUUGCUGUUGAUAUUCGAAAUGGAUCGCAUGCAUUUUACGACUACGCUUCAGCCUGUUGGGCUAUGCAUCUGCAGUCCGGAAUUCCGGAGACUGAGUCAGGAGACAGACUGAAUCAACUCCAGGAGACCUUGGAGGCAUUUGUUGAGUUACACUCGUCAUCGUCGGCAAAGCCGUUGCAAAUUUCUCAAAAGGUUAAAGGCACUCUGGCUCCCAUGCAUAAUUCCGAGUCUCUUCGCAAAAUAUUACAAGCUGUUGCUUGGCAUCGAAAGCAGACUGGCACUCAUGGCCAUGGUCCAACUGCAGACGACGCGCUGGAUCUAUGGCAAAUCACCGAAAAGUCUAGAGUCAUUUUAGAAUAUAUGUCGUCCCAAUCAUUUUCUAACUCUGAAAUGCGGGAAAUGAAUCAGUUUUACGGCUCGAACUGGUUCAAAUGCCCCCGCAUAAACUGCUGUUUCUACCACCAGGGAUUCAGCACCCUGAACCAACGACAGCUUCAUGUUUCGAAGCAUGAGCGUCCAUUCCUUUGUUUUGUCAUUGGCUGUCACAUGGCAUCCUUCGGCUGCACAACGGACAAUGAGUUAAAAGGACAUCUCUUUGAGUACCACGGCAUCGACAUGUUCGAUGAUACGGAGUUCCCAGAUCCGCCCAAGCGGCAGAGGCCAGACAAGCAAACAAUAAGUGAAGCAAAGUUUCAUUGUGACCAGUGUCCGAAGACGUUCACCAGACGCCAUAACUUGAACACCCAUUUGAGAACCCACACUGGGCAAAGACCUUAUGAAUGUGCGGUUUGUGGUGCAGACUUCACGCGCAAGUUCGAACGCGAUCGUCACGAGCAAGGACAUCAGAACAGAGAAUAUAUAUGUCAAGGUAAUCUCAAGGACGGGUCCACAUGGGGCUGCAAGGCUUCAUUUACUCGGACCGACACCCUUGCCACUCAUCUCAAGAGCAGAACAGGCCGCAACUGUAUUCGACCAUUGAUGCUGGAGAGGCUGCAGGAAGGCACAGAGCAAAACGAGGCUGGUGGACAAAACAUUUUCACCAAUCAAUCCGGUUCGAACUCAGAGGCACUACUGGCUGUUGGCAAGCUCCUCCCAUCAUUCGAGGUCUUUUUACACCUUUGCGGACUAGACAAGUCUUCGUCAACGGCCAAGGCAAUGCCAUGA